AUGGCCGCCAAAAGACCUUGUGUUGUCGAAGGCAAUACACCAGGGAAACCAACCAGCAAACGACCGGUCGAAGGAAAAUCGAGAAGAUCUUUGUUUAAUAAUGAAACGCAAUGCGCAGAGGAUGAAACUAAAGUAUCUUUCGCUUGCAAAACAGAAAAUUGGACUCUUAAAGAGACAUCAGCAUUGGUGCAGUAUAUCUGUUUAUUUUGGAAGGACGCCUGGAACAACAGAUGGCCAAUGGCAAAGGACAAGGACUUUUGGGACUCUUGUGCGCGAGCUGUCAACGAUGUUUGCCAGUCAAAUAGAACAGGUUUGUGGAUUAUAGAAUUCAGAUUUGCUAUCCAUUUUCAACUCUGCAAAAAAUGAAGUGUGGUAUUUAGCGUGUCUAUCCCGUAUCCCACAAUUCCUCAAAAUAUGUAUGUAAUGCCAGGGUUUUGAAAGGCAGGACUUUGUGUUUUAUACUUAUUAAAGAAUUUUCUUACCAUCACAUCAUUUUUUCUGUCAGGAGCUUCAUGCAGAACUAGAGUGACUAAGCAUUUGUCAAAGGAGUUUAACUCAUUGUCCGAAGCAGAAGAAGCCUUGCAGAUAGAUUAUGUUGGUGGGAAUAAUUUUGGCCGUGGUGGUAUAUUCAACACUGCAAGCAGCACCCCACACCAUUCAACCAUGGUAGAUGAACCAUUGUCACCAGUGUUUCAGUCAUCGCCAACAGUAACAGAAAAUACUAAUCCACGUCUUAUCGGGGACUUAAUUAAAGAGUUUUUGGCUUAUUUUAAGAGUAUGAUGUCAUCCAGAAUAAAAAAACAACUGUUUAACUAUUUGUUAAAGCUGGCUGCAUUGGAAAUUGGUAGUUUCCCAUUUUUGGAGUUUAUACAUCAAGAUUUUUUAGAUAAAUGUAUGAAUGCAAUGAUGACUUUAUUUGAGGCAGGAAAGCACAACAUUAUCUAUGAUUUGUGUGAAUGUUUGCAAAGACAGGAUUGUGAUGCUAAGACACGAUUGCCAUUGGACCGAAUGCCUUAUGGCCUGAUUGACUAUAACAUUCGUUUCUUUGCAAGCACACAGACAAGGAAACUAACUUGUGAGGAACAUUAUGCUUCCUGGAUAGAGACUAUGUUUUCCCACUUUGGACAUAAGUGGCUGUGUUUACACAGAGGGCCAGUUUGGCAAUAUCAAGAGCACAAAGAAGAGAUCAUGCAACCAGCCAAGUCUUUGAUGGAGAUUGCACUUGAUCAAAGUGGCAUUGAUUUACAAUCUCAGAAGUUUCAAGAAUUAGAAGGUGGAGAUACUUCGUUAAGUGGAAGUGAACUUGACCUUACACUUGCCAACAUGGAGUCAAUUUCAACAGCUUGUCGCUGUCAGAUUGCCAGGUUAAUGAAUUGGAGCCAACCAGCAAAAAAACAUCUUGUGCACAGAACAAACCUGCUGGAACUGUUACCAUGGUUGAUGAUUGGUUGAUGGUUGACGAUGGUCACAACACAAGACUGGCCGUACCAAACCUAUGGACUUGUGUAAGUGAGAGUGAUGCACGAGAAAUCGAAAGUGGUCUAAACAACCCAAAGGAAAUGGAAAAGCAUCAUGGUAUUGAACCAAUGUUGUCAAAAAGAGUGGAACGUAAUUCAGGAAUAUUUGACCCUUUAAAGGUGUGUUUCAUGUGAUUGCCUUAAUUGUACCAUAGUUUUUACUAUAAAAGCAGCUUUUUUAUGUAUGUGUACUCUUCAUACUAAUUCUCAAUGAUGAAGGGCCUUUGCUCGAAAUGUUGAGAAGAUAUUUUGCUAUUUUAUAGGCUUGCAUGUACCUUUACAACCACAAUAUUAAAUUAUUUUAAUCAGUUAAAAUUUAAUUUUUAAUUAACCCACUUUAUCUUUGUCUGUCAAUUGAAACACUUGUGUAUUGUAUGGUUCUUAAAGUUUGUAUUCUGAGGAAAAUCAUUUGUUGGUCGUAUGAGAAAAAAUACACACUCUCUCUGCAGGGGAGAGCCGAGAGAGGGGGUUGUGCUUCUCAGAGUAGUACUGUUUGAAGGGGGUAGGGGCUAAUUUCAUCAUCUGUGAUGAAGUUCUGUGUGUUUUCUGAAAUGAUCCACUACGUGAUAGAAGCAAGACAAUCUUCCAUGGACUUAUUGCCUAAUAACCAAAGCUUUGAUCUCAACAACACACAUUACAGCUUGAAAGAGCAUCACAAAAUUAUUUAUAUCCCAAAGUUUUGUUGCAAAAUGUUGUAAAAUGCAGAUAUCAAUAAUAUCAGUCAUUUUGUAUUACGCACAGGAAACUGGUACCGCUUUCUCAAAAAGGUAUCAAUUUCCUGCUCGUAACACAAAAUGCCUGAAAAACAAUAAACUUUGCAAGGCUAUAUUAUCCGCAUUUUACAACAUUUCGUAACAAAACUUCGGAAUAUUACUAAUUUUCAAGCUGUGAUGAAAUUUUUGUCUAGACUUGUCUAGAUCAAAAGUUUGGUUUAUUAGCCAAUACAGUAGAUCCAUUCACUUUUUAUAAUUAUGACAUUAAUUUUUAGAGCAAAGUCAACAUUGCUAGUUUAGGAGUAAGAUCACUUCAGAAACGUGUGCUGUCUUCAGGCUUUACAAAAAAUGCUGAAAUUCAAGUAAGUAUAUACUGUAGCUUCAAAUGUAUUUUUAAAUUUUACUUGUAUGAUUUUGAAAUAUAUUCGAUGAAGUUCUUAGAUUAUUUUUUCCUUGACUAAAGCAAGAAAAAAUUUACUAAAAGAUAGUGAUAUUAAAAAGUUAAAGCGAAAGUUUUGAGGGUUGUGUAUACCAACAUGAGUUAUAUUUUUUCUAGACAAACGCUCUAAAGAAAGCACACAACAGCACUCCUACUGGACGAUGGUGGAUCAAGGCAGAUGCCUGUGAUUUAAGGCUGGGGUUACGAGAAAGCAUGCGUGGAUGUUGGGAAGGUGAUGUGGAUAUGGGUGAUGGGUCUUUGCAGUUGUUAUUUAAGGAAUAUCAACAGAGGUGUAAUUUUGUUAGGAGUAUUGGCAUUGGGCAGAGGUUGAAUUUGAUUCAAUGUGAUUUCCAAAAAGUAAAGGUUGAAAUUGAGAAUGAUGUUAUUUUCCUGAUGAAGGGAAGUGAAGAGGCAAGCAAAGUUUACAAUAAGGCAGUUGAAGGUGGGAAGUCGGCUGAAAGCAAAUUGAUGGGAUUGGCGUGGAGUGUUACCGGCUUUCAAGAGCUCUUCAAGAAAGCAAAGGUUUUGGUUAUGGAUUUAGGAGGUGUCUUAGAUGGUGUCUGUGGUGGUCUUGACAAUUACUUGAUAGAUCUGAAAUCACAUCUCCAGCAUUAUCUUAAAGAACUCUUUUCCAAAAAAAGAGUGGCUGCCAGUUAUCUUCUUGUUUUCAUGAUAUCUGACGAGCUGAGGAAUAGGAAACCAUAUGCUGUACCUAUACAAUUUAUUCCGUACAAGUCACUAGGAGACUUCCAGCUACGUGAACUUCAAGUCAAGGUUGAAAAUGCUAUGAAAAGUACAGGAAUGACAGUUGUUGGUAAAUACUUACUAAUAAAUAAAUGAUUUUUAUUUUACUUUGCAAUAUUUGCUAUAUAACAGAUUGAUGGAAAUACAGUAAUAAUUAACAAUUAGAUUACAAGCUCGAGGUGAUACAGACUGUAUCCUGCGAGCAGAGUCGUGUGUUUAUUUCUCUCCGCUUGCCCACGGGCACGGAGAGAAAGAGAGACUCUACCGAACUUGUGCGGUGUGGAAAGGACUUUUGUCAUUUGCGGUGCGCCAAAUAUCACUGGUGGACUUUAUCACCGGCGGAAAAAUCCACCGGUGACGUCAUUGUUACAUCAAAGGCCCGUGGGCACAGAAUACUACACAAAAGUCCAUCUCCAUUGUUUUUAGCGUAAGCGCUAUUCGUCAUGAUUCAUCACUCAGCAACAGGGCCGCAGAGAGGGGGGGCUAGGGGGGGGGCAAAUUGCCCCGGGCCCUGAGGUGCUGGGGGGGCCCUGAGGUGCUGGGGGGGCCCUGAAAAAUUUUUGUUGGUCCCAGUGUUUUUUGUGUGUUAAAUAUUUCCGCGCCAAGGACAAGAUAUCUGUUUUCUUCGGUUAAGUACCAAAAUUUUGCAUGAAAAAUGAGAUAAAGUUCCUGGAAAGCAAUUGCAACGUACUCGUCCGGAAAAAUUUUGACCCCUAAAAUGGUACACUGACCGAAAAUUUUUUGGCGUCGGGGGGGGGGGAUGCCAAAAAAAAAAUUUUAACAUAAGGGGCCCCCCAAAAAAUUUUGCCCCGGGCCCCCGCCAACUUCUCGGCGGCCCUGCUCAGCAAGUACCGUAAACAGAAGCAGUCCCCCCCCUGGAAAUACUAAAAUGGCGAACGUCCAGGGGGUGACUGCUUCUGUUUACGAUACUUGCUGAGUGACGAAUCAUGACGAAUAACGCUUACGCAAAAAACAAUGGAGAUGGACUUCUGUGUAGUAUUCUGUGCCGUGGGCAAGUGGAGAGAAAUAAACACACGACUCUGCUCGCAGGGUAUACAGACUGUAGUUGAUGAGGGCAAUCUGGUUUUGGAAAAAUCAGUAAGAAAACAUUUCAAAAAGAUUUUGCUAUUUAAUCGUGAUAAACUCGUGAAAAAUCGUUACAAAGAGAUGGUUUUUCCCUACUCGCUAUCUAUCAACAAUUACAUAGAUAGCGAGAAGCGUAGCCAAUCAGAAUGUAGCAUUUACUAUUAAAUUUAUAAUAGUUCUUUAUUUUGCCAUUGGAUUUUAACAAAAUGUUUGUAUUUCACGUACUGUCUGUCACAAACUAUGUUAUUUCCGACCUGAUUACAGAACUGUGAAAUCUAGCUUCAUUUAUUGCAGGAUUCACGACCGAUGGUGAAUUCAACUCCUUGAGGACAAAUGGAAAGUUGCGACCUAUAUCUGUCAUUGAGAUCAUUAAAGUCGCCAGGCAAGAGGCACGUAGUACCAGACAAGAAACCAUUCACCAUUAUUUCAAACUGAAUAAACAAGGUAGUUAUAUAUUUUGAAACGUUAUGGCAAUAAUAUUGUGUAUUCGUCAAUUUAGCAAUAGUUUGUAUCGGUACUAGUGUUGUACUGUACAGGUCAUUACUUUUUACUGGAAUUUUUUUAUCUGGACAAUUUUAUAUUUUCUUAAUAGGUAGUCAACUGAAAGAACAUCCAGCAGUUCCUAUAGAUGAUCUGUUAUGGCUGGAUGCUUACAUGAACAAUGGUGAAAUCCCAUUCGAACGUGCCAUUCUUAUGUUAAGAAGAACGUUGUUUCCAUUUAUGCAUGACCCAUGCCCCUGGAUAGAAGGUAUUGUAUUUGAUGAACAAUUUACUCGCUCUUUUCUCGGUCUGGUUUCUACUUGGAUUCGAAAUGCUGAUUUCAAAAACCUUCGUUUGAUGGGUAUUCAGGUUAAGCAUUUCCAGUAUUGGCUGAUUGAAUAAAUAAAAAACAACAACAAAAUGUUUUUACAGUUUACGGCAAAUAUUGUCUAGAUAUCGCAAACUGAAUCUUCAUUGGCACGGUAAAAGAAUUACGUACGGAAAAUUAUGGUAUUAUAUGCCGUCUUCUUUAACAAUUUUGUGAAUUAACAGUAAAUCCAAAAAGCACGGAAUAUAAAAAACACAAUAAGACAGUGAAAUUUUCCGCAACCGUUUCCCUACUGUGCCCCGAGGUGCUGGGGCCCCUGAAAAUUUUUUGUUGGGCCCCAGUCUUUUUUGUGUGUUAAAUAUUUCCGCGCAAAGGACAAGAUAUCUGUUUUUUUGGGCUAAGUACAGAAAUUUGGCGUUUUUGAGAAAUGGUAUUCUGAUUUGAACAUUAUGUAUUUCCAAGUAAUCUUAAGAGUUGAAACUUCAAUACACUGAAGUUAGUUCAUGGUAGCUCUAUGCAAUUCUCUGAUAACAAUUAACAAGGUGCAUAAUUAUUUCAUUUAUAGGACGAGUCGAGACGCCCUUGGACGUACUAAGAUCCAUCUUUGCCAUUUACCUUUAUCGCAAGAUGAUCAGCGAUUUGAUAAAUCUUGAGAAAGAUCCUGCUGAUUUCAACACAUACCUCUAUCAGCCUGAGAAAGAUGAACGAGGUGAAUACAUCCAUCAUCGAGAAGAUCACAACCAUCUUCUCAAACGAGUUGUAUCCUGCUUGCGCGAUGGCCGUAUCCCGGGCAUCGAUUUACGCUACUUGAGGGAUGCUUUGCACGACCCGUCUACAGGCUUGACUUACGAGGCCCUUACAGGGAAGAAUAAGCAAUCAGUACCGGAUUGUGAACGUCUAAUCGGUCCAGGUGUUAUUUCUUUCCUGCAACGUAAAGGUCACGAAAGUGGUGCAAAGGUACUCAUGCUGAUACACAACUGGCAUAAAGCUGUGGAUGGUCGAGGGCUUUCCGAGUCUGUUCGGGCAGUGUAUUGCAAGGAAAUGAAGGAGUGGAUUUUAUCAGAUUGGAUGCCUUGGUUUAAAUCAAUGCCAGGAUACCGUUUUAUUGAUGUUAACAGGUAUGUUUUGUCAGUUAUUGUUGAUUUAUUGUCACUAUCUAUCCAGCUAUUGUUGGGUUUCACUACGGCAUUAUGAAACCCAAGAAUUGAAAGAACAGUUAUAUCAACCUGUUUAAUAAAGUCACAAUGUAAAAACUCUCUCUAUAUAGGAAAUUAAAAGGGAUCUGUGGCUUGACAAGGGAAGUUGUUGUUGGAAUGGUUGCCAACCUUGAAAGCAGAGAACUGCGUAGAAUAGAGUAUAUAUCAAGACAACUUCCUCCGGAGCAUCCACGAGCUUCCGCAACUGAUGACGUCGAAGGCAUGUUUUCGCUACUUCAUGAAAUGUUGGGGGAUAUCUUUGACCUGAAACAAUUCCAUGAAGCACAAGCAAAGAUAUUGAAUGAAUUCAACAAAAGGAUCGACCCAGAUUUAAAGUUUUUUUACUGGACAGGGGCCAAAGACCGCUACACUGAUUUUGACUUACCAUCUUUCAAUGAGCCAACAAAGAAAGAUGCUGUAGAGAGACUUGACCAAGUGAAGUUGUCACGUAGGGGAGAUCCAGGCGUAUUUGUGCCAAAUCGAGCAUCUCUUUCGCAGAAAGGACAAUUAACAGCAAGGGCAAAGUUUCACAGGGCACCUGUGGAGUUGCCUCCACAUUUACUGUAA